AAUCGACCGAACAAAUCACUUUUUUUUUUGCUGUGAUGCAACAUUUUAUUGCUAUUCAUUUCUACUUUAUUAAAGACAAUAAAACGUCUUAUCACUAUGUCAACGGUAGACAAACAGUCACGUGGUCAGGGGCAGACGUCCGUACUCAGCACCUGUCCCAAAGGUUUUAUUAGUAAUGAUGACUUUGUGUAUGGUUGAUCGUGUAAAUGUAGGCAGAAGGGAUUAUUCUCAUACUUGCUGCUCCAGCAGAACAUUUCAUUAAACAUGGCUUCACUUUCCAAAACUUAUCACAUCAGCACAUGAUCGUAAUCUGUUUCCUGUCAUGGCCUCGGAUGGCUCACCAUCCCAAGAUACUCAGAAGAAGAAAACGAAGACAAGCGGAAAGAGGAAGGGUGAAACCGUAAAGGACGUAGAGGAUAAAGUGGAGCUUCAGGUGGAGAGACUUACAGCAUGUGGAUACAGUGCUUUACAAAAGGGAGACAGCUCAAAGGCUCUCGAAUACUUCAAAAAGGCGUUCAGGACUGCUGCGAAUCUCAAACAGACUAAAGUACAGCGGGCUUGUGCUUUUAACCUUGGAGCAGCAUAUGUGGAAGCAGGUAAACCCCAGAAAGGGCUUGAUUUUCUGUCACAAGCUGAGUCAAGCGAGAGAGGUGAGCGGGUGGCAGAUUUGCAGUUUAAUUUAGCAGCAGCGCACGACGCUCUUCAUGACCAUGUGCGAGCUGUCAGACAUUACCAACAAGCUGCACAGCUUUAUCGUGCACAAGGAGACGGGAGCAGUGAAGGGGACACCUGUAUCAGACUGGCACACUGUCACCUGCGCAAGAAGGAGUGGAAUGAUGCAGCAGAGAAUUACCUACGUGCAGCCGAAAGCUAUAAGAUGGUAGGGAAACUGGCCUAUGCUGCAGUGGCCCUGAAGGAUGCUGGAAAUCACAUGUUAAAAUGCGACUGCUUCUCAGCAGAUGAUGUCGUUAGUGUUCUCACAGAGUGUUUGCAACUGAGUGCCAAAAUCACAGAACUAGAGACACUAGGUGAACUCUAUAACGCAGUAGGAUUGAGUUUCUCUCAGCUGACUUUUUCUGAGGCUGCUGAGUGCUACGAGCUGGCUCUGCCUCUGGUCCGCUCAACUCCACGCAGGCUAGCUGUGGUCAUGCAGAAUCUGGGCGCGGUCCACAACUCCUUGGCACAGUACCGGAAAGCCCUGGAUUACCACAGAGAAGCAGCUGCACUGCACGGAUCGCUAGGUAGCCGUCGGGCUCAGGGCUGCUGUUUCUGUAACCUGGCUUAUGCACUCAGUGAACUGGGGGAACUGGAGGAGGCAGGAGAGAGCUAUCUACACGCUCAACAGGCUUUCAAAGACAGUGAUGAUUCCUUGGGGCACUGGCAAGCGUGUGAAGGUCUGGGUGAAAUCAAAAUGAGACUUAGAGACCCAGACAAAGCCAUUCUCUACUAUAAGCAGGCUUUAGCACUACUCUCCAAGUGCAAGGAUGUCUCCAGCUCUGUGCAGGAAAGCCUUGUCAAUAGGCUAAGUGAGGCUUUACAGAUAAAACUGGCCUUUCAGCAGAGUGGCCCCCUUGUAAGUAAAGCAAUCAAGGAGAGAAACAUGAACAGACAACACCUGCGAAAAGCCCAGAUGAGCAACGCAGAGGAAACGACGAGUGAGCAGACAAGAAAAGAACAAUCGAACAAUCACAGGGUAGAGGAUACGGAAUGGAGACCUACAGAAACAAUUGGACAGAGGAAAACUCAUGGUGACAUGAUAAUAUCAUCAAGGACGACACAAACAGAGCGUCCUGAUCACAUGACUGCGCUUCCAGAAGCUAAUAGGAACCUGAACAACACAUAUGAGAAACCUCGUCUUGAAUAUAAGAAUCCCAAAGACUCCCAUUUCAGCCCACAUCCGGAUGAAUCCACGUCUGAAAAGUCCAAAGAGAACCCAGUGGUAUCAACAAGUGUUCCACUGCUGGAGGAGAGCAUAGAGGCCUUACCUCCAGCACAUCUUCACAGUGAGAAGUCUACUUCCAUACACAGGACUGUAAAGUCCAGAUUCUGUACAAUCAUGUGACAACAGCCAGGACAUAUUUAUUGUUUCUCUCCCAGGGUUUUUUUUUCAAAACAACUUCAUUUUCACUGAGCUACAUUCACUCUGUAUGGCCUGUAGCAAGAGGACACAGGAUCCAUGUCCUAUUAUAAUAUACUGAUUAAAUCUACUGAUGCCAUAUGAACAUUUUAUUUUGAAACAUUGUGCAUAAUCUGAAAUGAUCUGCUAAUAGUCCUGCUUUAAUUCUUUUACUGCUUUUAGCAUCCAUUUACUUCCUCACUAAACUGCCACAAAGAGGAAGGCAUAAAAUUACAUCGCUAUCUUGGAUCGUCCAAUCACAUCUCGUCUCCAUCACAUCUCUGUGAUGAAGGUUUGCCCUAAAUGGAACCAAAAUCCUACCACUGGAUUAUUAAUUACAGCACUGCCUCCAAUACUGAUAUUGUGUGAUCUUAGUUUGAUCUUAUAUGCCAGAUUUCUAAGAUUGUAACAAUAUAGCAGUAUAGAGGGAAUAUAAAAUGUAAGUUAAUAAUGUACUUUUAAAAACGUAUACUGAUAGCAUCGUAUACUAUUCCAGCAUAGGUGUGAUAAAUUGUAUGCUCGGCAUUAUAACAAACAAACAUACAUUCAUUGAGCACUUUAUUAAUAACACUAUACUAAUACUGGGUGGGGCCUCACUUUGCUCUCAAAACAUCCUAAAACCCGAAUGGCCUAAAAACACUACUUUGAGAUUUUAGUGUAUAUUCACAUGAUUGCAUCACACAAAUCCUACAGAUUCCUACAGAAUGUGCACAUGCUGUCAAUUUCCUGUUCUACCACAUCCCAGAAGAGUUAUAUUAAAUUUUAAUCCAGUAAGGAGCACUGAACGCAGUAAAAGCAAAAAUCAAGAUCCAUCAGACCCGAACAGUUGUACAACUGCAGCCACAGGUUUCUGUUCUUGGCUUAAAGAAGUGUUACCUAAUUUGGUCUUCUGUGAAGUGUAGACAAAUCGGGUACGUUCUGAGGUGGUUCUGCUCACCAAAAUUGUACAGAGUGGUUAUCUGAGUUACUGUAGCCUUUCGGUCAGCUCAGUCCUGUAUGGCUAUUAUGUGUUGAUCUCUCUCAACAACAAAAACCUUUCCCAGAGCAGCAGGCAAAAUCACUGAGAUCACAUUUUUCCCCAUUUUUAUGAUUGAUGGGAACAUUACCCAAAGUUGCUGACCUGUUUCUGUAUCACUGUAUCAUUGCUGCCAUGUGAUUGGCUGAUUUAAAUAAUUGAAUAAGUAGGUGCACAGGUGUUUUGAAUAAAGUGCUCAGUAAGUGUACAUACCAGAUGUGAUUUAGAAAAAAACAUAUUUAUACACUAACAGGCCAGACUAAGCUACAUAGAGAGUGAGGACUGACUUCAUUAAGUGAUUCAGGCAAAAAAAAGUGUUUAUAUUUUCCAUGACUGAGAUUGUUGCUUUGAGUGUCUGAAGAAUAAA